AUGAACGAUGAAGCAUCAACACAUUACAAUUCCAUCAUCGAUCAACAUAGUUUAGGAGCUGAAUUUUUACGUGACAAUUUCGGUGAUUGCGGUCGACCUAAAAUCGGUUGGCAAAUCGAUCCAUUCGGUCAUUCACGUGAACAAGCUUCACUUCUUGCACAAAUGGGUUUCGAUGGUUUAUUUUUUGGUCGUUCUGAUUAUGAAGAUUACGCAACGCGUAAUAGAACAAGAACCAUGGAAAUGGUUUGGAAAGCAAGUGCUAAUUUGAAUAAAGAUGGUUGGUUGUUUACCGGUGUUUUACCCAACGGAUAUGGUCCACCCGAUUCUUUCUGUUAUGAUGCUUUUUGUGAUGAUGCACCAAUUAUGGAUGAUCCACGAUUACAUGAUUACAAUGUUCCAGAACGUGUUCGAACAUUCAUUCGAGCAGCACAAAAUGAGGCUGUUGGUUUUGCUACAAAUCAUAUUAUUAUGACUAUGGGUAGUGAUUUUCAAUAUGAAAAUGCAAAUGAAUGGUUCAAGAAUAUGGAUAAACUAAUAAAAUAUGUAAAUGCUGAACAAGUGAAUGGUAGCAACGUGAACGUUUUCUAUUCGACACCAUCGUGUUAUUUAUAUGCGUUGAACAAGGCCGGUCACAAUUGGACAUCGAAAUCUGAUGAUUUUUUUCCAUAUGCUCAUCAUCCUCAUGGAUUUUGGACUGGCUACUUUACAUCACGUGCAGCUUUCAAAGGUUAUGAACGCCAUUCAAACAAUAUUUUACAAGUUACAAGACAACUCAAUGCAUUUGCUAAUUUGAAUUUACGAAAUAGCAUUUUUUAUUUGAGUGAAGCAAUGGGCGUUGCUCAACAUCAUGAUGCUGUUAGUGGAACAGAGAAACAAGAAGUUGCUUUUGAUUAUGCUCAACGAUUGUCCGAUGGUAUUAAUGUAGCUUCAGGAAUUAUAAAUCAAGCUUAUUCAAAACUAUUACCUCUUAACAGUCAAUCACCACCAACGUCACCUCAAUUUCUCUGUCAACUGACAAAUAUCAGUGAAUGUGUACCUAUUCAAGAUCAACAACGUUUCACGGUAACAAUCUGGAAUCCAACUGUACAUUCAGUUCUUCAUCAUUUCCGUGUGCCCGUUACAAGAGCUUAUACAGUUCGUGAUUCAACAGGACAACCGAUUUUGGCUGAGCUAUUUCCUGUUUCCAAUUCCACAAAGAAAAUACCUGGCCGUGUUGGUACUGCUACAAGUCAAUUAAUAUUUAGAGCUAAUUUACCAGCGCUUGGGUUCAGCACAUAUUUCUUUGAAGCCAGAACAUUAGUAAAACGUGAAAAACCAAAAGUAAAAAUUACUCCCAAUGAUGAAUGUAUUCUUCAAAAUCAGAAUAUUCGAGUUGAAAUCGAUGCUCAAGGCAAUCUUCAACAUAUCAUUAAUUUGAAACAAAGUAUUGCUGUAGCAUUUUCAAAUCAAGGUUUCUAUUGGUAUCAAAGUUUUCCGGGUAACAAUUCUCAAUCACAAUUUCAAGCAUCUGGCGCUUAUAUCUUUCGACCACUAUCACCAACUGCACAACCAGUUAGUCAAGCGCGUUCCAUUACAUGUAUCAAAGGAGAUAAUGUUCAAACAGCAGUUAUUGUUUUCAAUGAUUGGACAAGUCAAGAGAUCAGUUUAUACGAUGAAGGAGAAUUUGUCGAAGUUGAAUGGACAGUUGGGCCUAUUCCAAUCGAUGAUAAUAUGGGUAAAGAGAUCAUUAUUCGCUACGAUACGGAUAUCAAUAGUCAAUCGAAAUACUAUACGGAUGCAAAUGGACGUGAAGUUCUUGAACGAACAAGAGACUAUCGACCAACAUGGAACUAUACAGUUGUAGAAACUGUCAGUGGAAACUAUUAUCCAAUCAAUAGUCGAAUAUGGAUCAAAGACCAAAAUCGACAAUUGACUGUUCUUACUGAUCGAUCAGAAGGUGGUGGUAGUAUUAGUGACGGUUCUAUGGAAAUAAUGGUGCAUCGUCGUACUCUUAAUGAUGAUUCUUUGGGUGUUGGUGAACCUUUGAAUGAAACUGCGUAUGGUCAAGGUCUUGUUGUUCGUGGUCGACAUAUUCUUAGUCUCCAAACACCUGAAACAAGUGCUGUCCAUCAUCGCGUUGCUGCUCAACAUUUAUACAUGCAUCCAUUAACUAGUUUUUCAUUAAUUCCACAAGAUUAUUACAAUUAUUCAGCUGCCUAUCGUCAAACAUGGUCGGCAUUAACAGAUACACUUCCAUUAAAUGUUCAUUUAUUAACAUUAGAUCAAUUAGGACCAAAAGAUUUUCUUGUUCGCGUUGAACAUUACUUUGAAUUAUAUGAAGAUGAUACGUAUUCAAAACCAGUUACAUUCGAUUUGCAAUCAAUAUUUAAAGCUAUAGGAACAAUUAGUAAUACAGUUGAAUUAACGCUUGGUGCUAAUUUAGAAUUAGCUGAUUUGAAAAGACUUGAUUGGGUAACUAACGGUGAAAGUUCGUCGACAAAGAAGACUUCAAAAGAACGAUCAUUAGACGAUACAAAUAUUACAUUGAAUCCAAUGCAAAUUCGAACAUUUAGUGUAGCACUAGCAUAA